AGAGUUGAAAGUUCAUAGGUCAGUGAUGGCUGCUAAGAUGGCGGCUUCCAUGGUGGAGCAGGGGGAGGAUGCGUUUAGAAAACUGUUUAAGUUUUAUAAGCGGAGGAAUCCGCCUCCUGAUUUUAGUGAAGUCAUUGAUUUUUCGAAGAAACUGGGAAAUGAAACGGUUUACACAGCCGAAUUGAACCAUGGGAGUGUCAGCGAUGAGGCUGCUUUCAGGGCAGGACUUCAGCCUGUUAAAGAGUGGAGAGCGUUUGGUCUUCAGGGAUAUCCAGGGUUUAUAUUCAUUUCCAAUCCCUUCCUGCCUGGCUCACAGCGCUACUGGGUAAAACAGUGUCUGAAAACGUACACACAGAAACCCAACGUGUGUAACCUGGACAUGCACAUGUCACCUGCUGAGACGGAGAACAUCUGGGAGAAGAGCGUCGGCAGCAUUAGGAAGAAAGGGCAGAGGGAGCCGAGGACUCUGCUGGAGAAACUCCGCUGGGUGACUCUGGGUUACCAUUACAACUGGGAUACGAAGAACUAUUCUCCUGAUCACUGCACUCCUUUCCCUGAGGACCUCCACUCUCUGUCCUACAAAAUAGCAGCGGCUUGCGGUUUUCCCAGCUUUAAAGCGGAGGCGGGAAUCCUGAACUACUAUCGCUCCGAUUCCUCUCUCGGCAUCCACGUGGACGAAUCGGAGCUCGAUCAUACGCCGCCUCUUGUGUCUUUUAGCUUCGGGCAGACGGCGGUCUUCCUGCUGGGCGGGACUAAACGGCAGGACGCACCCACCGCCAUGUUCAUGCGCAGCGGUGACAUCAUGGUGAUGUCGGGUUCCAGUCGCUUGCUGUACCACGCUGUACCCUGCAUCGUUCCUGCCCACGCUGGCCACCCCCUGCCCUCUUGCCUGGACCAGCGCGUCGGCAAGGACGAGCCGGACGCCGACGACGUCCGGACCGUGUGCGAAAAAGACUGGGAGGUGUGUUCUGCUUACCUUAAGACGUCACGCAUAAACAUGACGGUCAGACAGGUCCUAGGUCCGGGUCAGACCUUCCCCGUCACACACUCGCACGCCGUUCCAGCAACAGAAGGAUCCGCAAGCGGCUAUGAAGAAGAGACUCAGACGGCUAAGAAGAGGAAAAGUGAGUCAGGAUAUGACCUAGAUUGAUUGAUCUCCGUUUUGGACUUCAUGGGGUGUUUUUAUACGAUUUUAUAAUUUUGCCUUCAAAAGCUGUACAUAUGUGAAUAAAACAUAUAUAUUCCCAUCA